AAGUAAAACGAGAGAAACGUAACAAACAACCCAAACCUGAACCAGAACGAAGCCGAAGCGGUCGGAUGAUUAAAAGGAAGAGAUUUAGUUCUGAAAGUGAAUCAGAAGAAGAGGAGGAGGAGGAGGAAGAAAAAAUACCCGAAGAAGAACCAAAAACGCCAACACCAAAAAUAAAUAAUUCAGAAGAACCUUCUGUAUUAUCUUCACCAGUUGAAGAAAAUAAAGAGGAAGAAGCAAAACAAAAGAAAGCAAAAGAAGAAAAAUCUCACAAAGAAGAGAAAUCUAAAUCCAUAUCAAAAAAACAGUUUAAAAAAGAAGAAAAACCUCCUGAAUCUAUUAGUCCAAGUGACAGUCCUUUAAGUAGUGAUGAAAAAAGUGAUGAGGAUAAUAUUCCUCUGAAGCCUCCUGAACCCUCUGUAACUGAAGAAAGUGUUCAAACUCAGUCAACAAAAAAAUUGAAAAAGGUACUCAUAUUUGUAUUUUCGGUAUAAAAAUUGUUAAGGAAU